CCCCUAUGAGAAGGUGAUCCAGAGGACCCUCUAUAUGCAGGUGCUGGAUUACGAUCGUUUCAGCAGGAACGACCCCAUCGGGGAGGUGUCCAUCCCCCUUAACAAGGUGGACCUGGGCAACCAGCAGACCUACUGGAAGGAGCUGAAGCCCUGCAGCGACGGCAGCGGGAGUCGAGGAGACCUGCUGGUGUCACUGUGCUACAACCCUCAAGCCAACACCAUCACUGUGACCAUCAUCAAAGCCCGCAACCUCAAAGCCAUGGACAUCGGAGGCACCUCCGAUCCCUAUGUGAAGCUGUGGCUGAUGCACAAGGACAAGCGUGUGGAGAAGAAGAAGACGGUGACAAUGAAGUGCUGUCUGAACCCCGUGUUCAACGAGUCCUUCCCCUUCGACGUCCCCGCCCACGUGCUCCGAGAGACCACCAUCAUCAUCACCGUCAUGGACAAGGACAAGCUCAGUCGCAACGACGUCAUCGGCAAGAUCUAUCUCUCGUGGAAGAGUGGUCCGGCGGAGGUGAAGCACUGGAAGGACAUGAUGGGUAAACCUCGUAAUGCCGUGCAGCAGUGGCAUGCCCUCAAGGCCUGAUACUGUAGGUCCAGUCACAUCCACCCAGACCAUCCCAGCCCCUUGCCCUGCCCUCCCACCCUGCUGUUAUGCACAAGGCUGACUCGCUGCAGAACAUGGGUACAAAUAGCCAUCCAACGCAUCCACCCAACAUAUCCACCCUCUCCUCCUGCCUGUCCUCUCUCAGAUCCCUAAUGAACUUCUCCUUCCUCUAUUCCCCUCUGUUAAGCGGAGUCCUUUCUGAGUCUUGUUACUUUUAAGUCAUACCUUCCUCUCAACCAUUGUUUUUUCUCCUUGGUCCACCUUUACUCUGUUUUACUUUGGAGUAGUACAUUCUGCCAGCCCUAGGGUGAGCCUCAGCCACCAACAAAAACAGGUUCAAAUAGACCAUAUAAGAAUCCUGCGAAAGGAGCUGGUGAAGGGCCUGUCUUUCAGGAAACAUUGUAUCUGUGACUGUGUGACAGACUAACCUACAAGCCAGUGACCUGGGCCAGUUAUCCAGUUCCACCAUUCAUCCUGUGUCUCUCCAUCGUUCUCCUGUGGCAGUGAGGGGAGGCGUCUUCUCUCCCUAAUCACUGCUCUCUCUGUCGUCAGAAGCAAUCUGUUUGGCUGUUCAUUUUUAUUUUUUUUGCUUCCCAUGUUGACCCUUUGGUCCGUUCCCUUCUGCAAACACACAGAGAAUACAACAGGAAGGAUCGAUAGAGAGAGAGAGGCAAACCAAUGGAAUAGAAGAGGGAUGGACUGUCUGGAUGGUAAUGGAAUUAGACGUGACACUGUCACUCCACCCCAUUCAUCAUCUCUGAUCUCUUUCUCUCCCACCACUGUAGUGAUUCUUCCCUGGCUGGACCCCCUUGUUGUCUGUGCGUGCUGUGGGUGAUGUGCUGUAACUCCAUGAAGUUCUAGAUCAAAAAAUGAGAAAAUUACUGAUAAUUUUCACCGGUCCAUGGGGGAAAUGUAAAAAGACGUUCCUAUUUUCUGGAGA